UUCCACAACACAAACCCCACAUAGAUCCUUCUUCUUCUCCUCCUCCUCCUCUUCCCCAUCGCCGUCGAUUCCGAGGAGCUACGUUCUGUCGUCUCGUCCGGAAACCAGUUGAUUUUCUUGGGGAUUCGGAGAUUGGUCAGUUCUCUUUCGCUUCGCGGAUUUAGAUUCGCAAUUUCUUCUGUCGGAAUUCUUCACGCUCUGUGCCGUCCGGGGGAGGACUGGGGAAACGUGCGAGUUCCGCGGGUUUUGAUUUCUGUUUGGAUUUGGGGCUGGAGCCAGGGUAUCGCAUUCGGUUCUCCGGGUCUUUUUGUCUGAUAGAUACGAGUUUCCAGAGUAAUUGACGAGUCUCACGUUUUUCCCCCCGUGAAUCGCGAAUCGCGAUACUUCAAUUUUUGUGUUUGGUGAAAUUAGGGUUUUAGAAUCUGAAUCUGAAUGGUCGCUUGCGUUGAAUUGUUUCGAAUAGGCAAGAAUUAGGAUAUGAUUUUGAAUCGGACCUUGACAUUUGAGAAUCAGAAUCUGAAGCGGUGCAAAAUUGAGUCGGAAAUUGCUUACGAAAGCAAAAAGGACGAAUUUCGGGUGUAUAAGAAGCGGCAGAGGGCAAGCGGGUAUCACCCGUGCCGAGAACCCGACGAUCUCACCAGUUGCUCAGGUUCCUUGACCAGCGAAGAAGGAUCUCAGCUGGGCUCCUACAAGUCUGCUCCAUCGGUGUCUAAGUCAUCUCGUGGCAGAACUCGAGCUGUCCCCUCGAGGUUCAACGAUACGGUUCUCGAUGCAUGGAGAACUAGACGUCGCAAACACGAGUAUUCAAAUUCGAGUUAUGACGAUGAUGUAUAUUUGGAGAAGAAGGAUGAGUGCAAUGGUAAAAGGGUUAAAUUUGGAACCCCGAAAUUUCAUCCCAGCGAAGGCUCGAAGCCAUACCAGUGCAGGGAUAAUGGAGAGACUGGCGAAAUUGAUUUUGUUGGUUUUGACGAUUGGAAUAAUGGAAAGGACCGGAAUUUCCAAAGUUCGAGAACAUCUUUCUCCGAUGACUCUAGUUCUCUAUCUGCUAGAGGUGAAGAACGACGUUCUUCAGGGCGUAACCUGGCUGAAUCAAAUACGCUGGUGAAAAAAGGCGCGGUCACACGGAAGGACGUGUACAAGCCUGAGGACUUUGCCGUGGGCGAUCUUGUCUGGGCCAAGUGGGGGAAAAAAUACCCAGCUUGGCCAGCGGUGGUUAUCGAUCCCACAUCGCAAGCUCCAGACAUAGUCUUGAAACAUUAUGUUCCGGGCACUCUCUGUGUCAUGUUUUUCGGGUACUCAAAGAAUGGAACCCAGAGGGACUAUGCUUGGGUCAAACAAGGAAUGCUAUUUCCGUUUGCAGAAUUCAUGAACAAAUUUCAGGGACAGACAAACUUACAUAAGAGCAAGCCGAGUGAUUUUCAGAAGGCAAUUGAGGAAGCUGUUUUAGUGGAAAAUGGGUUUGCAGAAAAUCAUGGGAAUGCUGAAAUAAACAACCCAGAAACUGCCCUUAAUUGUUCUGAUAAAGAGAAUGGGUCUGCUCCGGGUUCAUGCCAUGUGGACAAGAAGCCUUGUGACAGCUGUGAUUCAGCAAUUCCGUUCAAAUCUCUGAAGAAGACAAAGGGCUCAAAACGUGAAGAGUUUUUAUGCAAAUAUUGUUAUAAGUUACGAAAAUCCAAUCAGUAUUGUGGAAUUUGCAAGAGAAUAUGGCAUCCUACAGACGGUGGAGAUUGGGUGUGUUGUGAUGGGUGUAAUGUAUGGGUACAUGCUGAGUGUGACAACAUUUCACAUGACUUUUUUAAGGACUUGGAGAAUGUUGAUUACCAUUGCCCGGAUUGCAGAGCCAAGUGUGAGUCUGCACCUAGAAUUUUAGAAGAAAGGAAUGCAGUGAGCAAGUCUGCAGGAAGAAUUACACAGACUGAGGUGCCUGAUGGGAUCACUGUGGUCUGCAAUGGCAUGGAGGGAACAUAUAUUCCAAAACACCAUGUAAUUGUGUGCAAUUGUGGUUCAUGUGGAUCAAAAAAGCAGUCACCAAGUGAAUGGGAAAGGCAUACAGGGUGCAGAGCUAAAAAAUGGAAGUACAGCGUGAAAGUCAAGGACACGACACUGACGUUAGAAAAAUGGAUUGCGGAGUUUAGUCCCGAGAUCCUAGAACCCCAGAAUUUAGAUAAGGAGAAGAUCCUCUCUUUUCUAAAAGAAAAGUAUGAGCCAGUCAGUGCAAAAUGGACGACAGAGAGGUGUGCUGUCUGUAGAUGGGUAGAAGACUGGGAAUAUAACAAAAUGAUCAUCUGUAACAGAUGUCAAGUAGCAGUGCAUCAGGAAUGCUAUGGUGUAAGUAAAACCCAGGACUUCGCGUCUUGGGUGUGCAGAGCCUGUGAAACACCAGACAUUGAAAGAGAGUGUUGUCUGUGUCCUGUUAAAGGUGGUGCUUUAAAACCUAGUGAUGUUGAGGGUCUGUGGGUUCAUGUAACAUGUGCUUGGUUCCGACCUGAAGUUGCGUUUUUGGAUCAUGAAAAGAUGGAGCCUGCUGUUGGACUUUUUAGAAUUCCAUCAAAUUCAUUUCUAAAGGUUUGCACAAUCUGUAGACAGACCCAUGGUUCAUGUGUACAUUGCUGCAAGUGUGCGACCUACUUCCAUCCAAUGUGUGCAUCACGGGCAGGCUACAACAUGGAGUUGCACUGCCUGGAGAAGAAUGGUUUACAGAGAACAAGAAAGUCGAUCUACUGUGAUAUCCACAGGAAGCCAGAUCCAGAUAGUGUUGUAGUUGUACACACACCCUCAGGAGUCUUUGGUUCAAAAAAUUUGCUUCAGAACCAAAAUGGGAAUUUCAGGGGUUCACGUCUUGUUUUGACUAAGAAGAUAGAACUUCCAGAAUCCCAAAUCGAACCCCAAUUGGAACAGACACAUGAACAUGAUUCUCUUUCUGCUGCUAGAUGCCGUAUCUAUAGUAGAUCAAGGACUAAGAGGAUAGAUCAGGAGAGAAUAUUCCACAGGCCGAAGGGACCAAGCCACCAUUCUUUAGAUGCAAUAGAAAAUCUGAACUCUUUCGAGGAAGUGGAUGGUUCAGAAUUUCCUUCAUUCAAAGAACGGCUUAGGCAUCUGCAGAGAACAGAAAAUCAUCGGGUGUGUUUUGGUAAAUCUGGCAUACACGGAUGGGGCCUCUUUGCAAGGAGAAACAUUCAAGAAGGAGAAAUGAUAAUCGAGUAUCGUGGGGAGCAAGUUAGGAGAAGUGUGGCAGACCUUAGGGAGGCAAAGUAUCGAUCCGAAGGCAAGGAUUGCUAUCUAUUCAAGAUAAGUGAGGAGGUGGUGAUAGAUGCCACAAACGCAGGCAACAUAGCACGAUUGAUCAACCAUUCAUGUAUGCCGAAUAGCUAUGCACGCAUAAUGAGCGGAGGCGAUAGAGAGAGCAGACUUGUCCUCAUUGCAAAGUCCAAUGUCUCUGCUGGCGAGGAGCUCACGUAUGAUUAUCUGUUCGAUGUGGAUGAAUCCGAAGAACUCAAAGUGCCUUGCCUUUGCAAUGCUCCCAACUGCCGCAAGUUCAUGAACUGAUCUAUUUUUGCUAACCAAGUCCAACUGGAAUCCAUCUCCCCUUAUUUGUUCCUUUCCAUUCUUUACUUAACAUUGAAAUUGUAAAUUUCUUUCACUUCAUCUUCUUCUAGGAUACAGGAACAUCUUUACAGA